UCAAUGCGACCGUUAGUAUUUACGUAGACACCGCCGUAGCUUGACCAAAUUAAAAAAUAACAAUAAAAAUAAAAGUACUGAACAUUCUUUUUUUUAAAUUUCAAACAUGUUCGUUUAUCUCAUUCUAUUUUUGAAAACAAUUCUGACUUCUGCAGAGGAUGUAUUGUACUAUCCUUUGGUAUAUGACUCUUGGGUACCAGGGGAUCAUGGGUAUCACGGAGUGCAUAACGGUGUUGAGCACGCGAAACAUUUCGUCAACGAAUGGACGGUCGAAGUGGAUGGUGGUGAUGAAGUAGCGCAGCUGAUCGCUUUGGAGCUGGGAUACGUGUACGGAGGACCGGUGCACAGCUUCCCAAAUACAUACACGUUUCUCAAAUACGAACACGACAUGCAGCGGCGCGCCCCGGCCGCCGCGCACACUUCCACGCUCACCAAAGAUAGAAGGGUACGUUGGGCAGAGCAAGUUUUCAUUAAAUCGCGUGUCAAAAGAUAUUACACGCCGGAACCCGACGCCGAGGUCCACCGGGUGAAGAGGCUUGAACAAUCCAAUAGUAGUUUAACACGGAGGACGAGGGCUGCAGAAAUACGAGGAAGAAAACCUCUGUUCAACGACGAACUCUGGAGCCAGGAGUGGUAUUUGCAAGACACACGAACCGCAAAGAAUUUGCCUCGUUUGGAUUUAAACGUGUUACCAGUAUACGGAAUGGGCUUCAAUGGCAGCGGGGUACGAGUGUCGGUGCUCGAUGACGGCAUCGAGCAUAAUCACACCGAUUUAAGAGCGAACUACGACCCGGACAUCAGUUGGGAUUGCAAUGGUAAUGAUUCCGAUCCCCAACCGAGAUAUGAGGAGCUUAAAAAAAAUUCACAUGGGACCAGAUGUGCUGGAGAGAUAGCAAUGACAGCGAAUAAUUUAAAAUGCGGUGUGGGCGUAGCCUGGGGAGCCAAAGUAGGCGGAGUUCGUAUGCUCGACGGGCGAAUUACGGACAGGAUUGAAGGAGAGGCCAUUGGUUACGCUUGGGAUAAGGUUGACAUCUACAGUGCUUCAUGGGGCCCUAAUGACGACGGACGAACUGUAGAAGGUCCGGGGCGUCUGGCCAAUGAGGCAUUCAGACGAGGAGUUACUCAGGGACGGGGAGGCAAAGGAAACAUAUACGUGUGGGCAAACGGCAACGGUGGUGGCCACAACGACAACUGUAAUUGUGACGGAUACUCUUCUAGUAUUUAUACGGUAUCAAUAGGCAGCGCGUCCCAACAUGGCCUCUUCCCUUGGUAUGGAGAGAUUUGCUCAUCCACUUUAGCUACUGCGUAUUCUUCUGGUGCCUAUAAAGAUCAGAAAAUAGCAACUACGGACACGGGUGAUUCUUGUACAUUGAAACACACGGGGACAUCCGCCGCUGCGCCAUUGGCUGCCGGUAUUGUAGCGCUCACGCUGCAAGCCAAUUCCAACUUAACGUGGAGAGAUGUCCAACAUUUGAUAGUCUGGACUUCUGAAUAUGCUCCAUUAUCAGCCAAUCCUGGGUGGCAGAUCAAUGGUGUCGGACUUCGCUUCGACGUACGUUUUGGAUUCGGGCUUAUGAACGCUGGCGCCCUCGUGUUGGCGGCACUGAACUGGACAACUGUUCCAGAAAAACAUAUCUGCCGCGUGGAAGCUUCAUCGAUCAACGAUGGUGGCGGCCAUAUAUCUUCUGGAGAUCAAUUGGAUAUUCCAUUCGAAGUUGGAAAUUGUGCAGUGAAUUAUUUAGAGCACGUCGAGUUAUUUAUCAACGUUCAAUAUACACGCCGUGGCGCCCUAGAACUUUAUCUUAUAUCGCCGUCAGGUACUAAGGUGCAAGUACUCAGUGCUCGGCCGAGAGAUGUCUCCACCGCCGGCUUCGUCAACUGGCCGCUCACUUCGGUUGCCACGUGGGGUGAAAAUCCUAAAGGUAUCUGGAGGCUGAUCAUUCAGGACAAGACCGACGAAGAAAAUUCUGGCAUGGUUGGACGAAUUACUUUAGCUCUGCAUGGGACUAAAGAAAUGCCAGAGCAUAUGAGAAAUGGACCAAGGAAAUAUAAUUACGACUACAACAACUACGAGGAUGUCUUCAACUACUUCGAUACAGUGCUGGAAGACGAAAAUCGGAAUUCGUCCGACGAUAUCGAAACACCAGAAGUACCAGAAGCGCAUAAAACUGGGGAAGUGGACGAGUUCAAUGACAUAGAUCCAACAAUAUUGGCGGAAGUCGAGAAAGAGUUGCAAAGGAUUCAUCAUAGAAUUAUUUUAAGAACAUCUGGAGUAAAUUGAAGGUUAACACAAUUAGAAUUUGAUCUUGUAUAAAAUAUUUAAAUUAUUUUUAAUUAUCUGUAAUUAUUAUUGGAUUAAUAAAUUAAGAUAUAGCGUUAUGUUAUUUAUUAUAUAAUAAAAUCUAUAUCAAAUUGACAAAAAUAUUGUAUUUAUUAUUUUUAUUAUACUUAUCUACGCUACAAUUAUAGUUUUUAA